GGUGACGGAGACGCGUCAGUGCGAGCUGAGCUAGGAAGCUCUUGGGGACGGGGUGGCCGCUGCUAUGGCUCGUCAUGCUGGCGGCAUCUGCUCCUACUUCUUACAAGGCAACUGCCGCUUCGGUGAGAGAUGCUGGAACGAGCAUCCGCGCUCUGGGAGACCCAACCAGACCUUUCCUCAGAACUCAGGCUCCAGUAGAAGAGGAACAUGGAGUGGACAUAAUCAAAGAUACAGUAAUGUUGUCCAUACAUCCAGUUUUUCUAAAUCUUCUCAUUGGCAUGACAACAGAGAUCCCGGAUCCUUGGGUUUUACUCAGAACAGGUUUGGUGCAUUAGACUCCAAUGAAAAUGUUGGUAAUAAUGGCAUUAAAGACGAGGAAGAGAAGCUUCUUGAAAUAAUAAAGAAAGACAUGGAGAUUUGGGAAUCUUCAGGACAAUGGAUGUUCUCCACCUAUUCACCAAUGAAAGAAAAGCCUAAUAUUUCAGGUUUUCCGGACUUUUUGCCAGAAGAGCUACGUCUGGAAUAUUAUAACUGCAGAGCAAACAAUGAUGCACAAAAUUAUAUCAGUUCAAUCCAGCAACUAGUAACCCAGUGGAGAAGUAGAUUACUUGAGUUGAAGAACAUAAAUGCAUCUACCAAAACUGCGCUGAUAUCUGAAUUUAAGAAUGUCGCUACACAACCACCACCUGCAUUUGGGUUUGGAGGGCAGCAGGCACCAGCUUUUGGAGCAUCAACUUUUCCUGUGGCUAAACAGGGCAGUGCUCAAACCUUCUCUUUUAAAUCACCGUCAGAACUUGCCAGCGUCUCAUCUGGAAGCGCACCUUCGUUUGGAAGCGCACCUGCGUUUGGGAGCCUUGUGGGUGUUCAAGGUGCCACAUCUUCCUCUACGACUUCCCAGUCCGUCGGUUUUGGGAACCAACCAGCUUCACUGGCAAGUUCCUUUUCGUUUAAAACUGCUGCAGCUUCUGGCGGAUUUGGAGCUUCUGGAUUUUCAGGGUUUGGAAAAUCUAUUCCUGCGAGUUCUUCAAACACCACAACUGCUUCAGUGUUUGGAGCAGCAGUUGAUACCCCUCCUUUGAAUUCAGGGAAUGCACAGUUUGUACAGCCAGCAAAUGCCUUUGGGGGUAAUGUUGCUUUGGUAUCGCCAGUAACCCCAACAAGCAAUACUUCAGAAAAGGUAUUUACACCAAAGACGGAGUUGUCUGCAGAAGAACUGAAGCAAUUCGAAGCAAAAAAAUUCACAUUAGGAAAAAUUCCUUUAAAACCACCGCCUUUGGAACUUUUAAGUAUGUAAUGUAUUUUGAGAAUGUUUUAUUAAUCCUCCUCCCAUCAGUAUAACACCAGAUUACAUCCCAUAUGCUUCAAAUUUAAUCCUUCAGAAAUGGCUGUUUGUCCUAUGGCUCACCAGCAUUGCUUUAGAAAAGUUUCCUUCAUUUCUUAUAAUGACUGAUCUAUUUGACUUGUUGGCUCCAGAAUCCACAUUUAAGUUGUGAAUAUUGCAUAGCAAAAGAUGGCUUUGCAAUAAACUUAAAAUAUAGCAAAA